AAAAUGGACCCCACAGAUCCAAAUAUCAUAGGAUCUGAGGGCUUGGGAUAUUCUUUCUUUCUCCGAUCUGGGCUUAGCUUAUCCCUACCAUCCUAUCCUUAGAAUCAAAGCCCCUCUCUCCCUUACAAACCAAAAGACCAUUUUUUUCACAGAUUGAAAUUCAAGCACACCCCAAUCUUAAAAAACACAGACACGGUCACAGACUCUCAAACAUUAGAGAGAGAAAGUGAUAUGUCGGUGGCUAAUACAUGGGGCGUGGGACAAGGAAUCCCAAUGGCCCAAUUGGGGCCAAGCUUGUGUUUCUCACAUUUUUCAUCUGUGAAAUCAAAAACCCAUCUGAGUUUCGUUGUGGGUUGGAGCUGGGGCCACUCAGUUCAGACCAAGAACGCUUCUUUUAACAAUAAGACCCGCAAGAACUCCAGCUUCCGUUGCUCUAAUUGCAGUAACAGUAACAACACCAAUACCAGUUCUUCUUUGGAAUGGGAUUGGAACCGAUGGAACCGCCAUUUCUCCGAGAUUGAACAAGCUGAGAGCUUUGCCUCUGUUCUAAAGUUUCAACUUGAAGAUGCAAUUGAGAAGGAAGACUUCCAAGAAGCUGCAAAGUUAAAAAUGGCCAUUGCAGAAGCUACAUCCAAGGACAGUGUUGCUGAAAUCAUGUCUCAGUUGAAGCAUGCAGUUGAUGAAGAGCGUUACCAUGAUGCUUCAAGGUUGUGUAGGUACACAGGAAGUGGACUGGUAGGUUGGUGGGUGGGCUACUCAAAAGAUUCAGAUGAUCCCUUUGGGAGAAUAAUACGCAUAACUCCAGGUGUGGGCAGAUUUGUAUGCAGGAGUUUUAGUCCAAGGCAGUUGGUGACUGCAGCUCCUGGAACUCCAUUAUUUGAAAUUUUUGUGGUAAAAGACACUGAUGAGACAUAUGUCAUGCAGGUGGUAUGCUUGCAACGAGCCAAAGGAAAUUCAACAAAUUCCAGUCCAGCAUCCAAACUCACAAAAGACCCUUCUACUUCUGAAGUGGAGAAUGAAUCUGUAGUAGAUGUUCAGGAAAAUGAAGUAAAGGCAGAGAGAACUGAGGACAAGGGAACUAACACUGAGGGAGUGACUGAGGAGGGAAUUAAAAGUGUGAUAAAUUUUCUUAAGGAAAAAAUUCCAGGAUUGAAAGUGAAAGUCAUGAAUGUCAAUGUUGCUGAGGAAGUGAUAAAGGACAGUGACUCUGUGAAGCAGUUGAUGCAAGAAGACAACGAGAAGGCUGGAUCUACUGAGAAUCCUGAAGAUGAAGUUGGUAAUUUGGAUGAGAUUCAGCCUGAUGAGGUCACCGUAGGAGGCGGUAGUGAUGCCUCGGAUGAUGAGAAGGAUUUGGAUAUGAAACUUUUUAUUGGUGGGGUUGUUCAUAACAGUGAUGAUACUCCUAGCAAGGAUGAGUAUGUACGUCUUCCUGCCGAAAUUAAAGAUAUGGAGAGAGAUUCUUUUGUGCUACAUAUCCCUGGGAGAAGCUUAGAUCAUGAUAAUGGAGAAAGUAAAGUGUCCAGAGUCAAAGUGGCUGCUCUAGCAGCUCAAGGUGUCUCAGAACUUAUGCCUUCUGAUGUUGCCAAGGCCUUUUGGGGUGCUGACAAAAUUUCUCCAAAGGUUUCCAGAAAUGUGCGUGAAAUUGUCAAACUUGCUGUUAGUCAAGCACAAAAGCGCAGCAUAUUAUCUGAGUAUACAACUUUUAAUCGGAUUACUACUUCCAGAGGAGAUUUAGACCCUUUCUCAGGCCUGUAUGUUGGUGCAUUUGGCCCUUAUGGCACUGAGGUGGUACAGUUGCAGCGUAAAUAUGGUCACUGGAAUGGUGGGGAUGAUGAAGACAAGUCUUCAGAUAUGGAGUUUUUUGAAUAUGUAGAGGCAGUGAAGCUAACUGGGGAUCUUAACGUACCUGCUGGCCAGGUGACAUUUCGUGCUAAAAUUGGGAGAGGAAAUCGCUCGUCCAACCGUGGGAUGUAUCCAGAUGAAUUAGGAGUGGUUGCGAGUUUCAAGGGUCAAGGAAGAAUAGCAGAAUUUGGGUUCCGAAAUCCACAAUGGGUUGAUGGAGAACUUCUCCAACUAAAUGGCAAGGGCAUUGGUCCUUAUGUCAAAGGUGCAGAUCUUGGUUUCCUAUAUGUUGUCCCUGAACAGAGUUUUCUUGUGUUGUUCAACCGAUUAAAGCUACCUGACUGAGCCAUUAGAUCGAGCUUUUAAUGCUGAGAAUAUCCAUACCAUGUUUGAGCAGAGAAGGCAGUUUUAAACUCCCCCCCACCCCCCCACAACUCUUUUUUUUUUUUUUUUUUUUUCCUUUUUCAUUUUUAGGGGGUUUUUUUCCUCUCUUUUUUUAGCCUUCUUUUCAAAAUUUUCUCAUCUUUUUUGGCUUCUUUACUGAGCUGUAUAUCAGUUUUGCUGACCAACCAAAUAUAGAAAGGCGAAAUGAUUGUAAUUACUAAGAUAGUUUAAAUGUGUUUGAGAGGAAGAGCUCUUCAUGAUGCUGAUUUGUGUAAGGAUGUUAUAGUUACUAAGCUAGUAAAAUGGUAAAGGUAGAUAAUUGAGAUUAUUGUUA